UGUCUGACAUUCUGUUGCUGGGACUAUAAGUGUGUGUGUGUCUGUACGCAGAGCAUCUCUAUGACGUUGUAAAUUUGUGCUCAUCCAGGAACAGGAGUCCUCCAGCAGCAUCCUGUGAACAGGGCAGAGAAGCAGUAUGCCAGCCCACCCGAACAGCUGAGCUUUGCUGUGGGAUACGCAACUAUCUAGAGCUUCCUUUUGUCCUGAUUGUCAACUGCAACUCGUAGAUUGAAGAUGUCCUCCACUCCACUGGCAGAGGCAGAAGAGGAUGUGUUUGAUCUGACUGAGGCGGUUCCUGAGACAGAACGUCUUGACACCAGCCUACAGAAAGCCAAAGCACAACUGUCAAUCAAAACCAGAAGGCACCGCCCCUCUCGAACCCGCCUGAGAGACAGCGUGAGCUCGAUAGAUGGAGAAGACGGCAUUGACAGAAUAAGUUUUGGCGGAUCACUGCAAACCUCCUCUUCUCCAAUCCACACCUCCUUUCGAAGCUCCUCUCCUUCAUCCGACCUCCUCCUCUCCUCCCCUACCUCGCGGAGGUCCUUCACGUUUGACCCCUCAACUGUAGCCGGAGAAAAGGAGGUGCAAGAUGAAAGGCGGAGCUACAAGCAUUUUCUGAACACCCCGUCCAAAGAGGUUUUGCCCUUUACUUCGUCUAAAUCCCCCACCAGACCCUGUGUCCAUUCAGAGACAUCUUCUCCAGCCCAUCAUUGUCAGACGGAUCAUCUCAAGUCACGUGAGGGAAGCCAACCCCUCCUUCACUAUGGAGAAUAUUCACAGAGCGAAGACGACAGUCAUGACACAGGUCCAGAUGAACCCGACAGUCCGACAGUGCUUCUGGACAAGAAAACCAGGAGACGAUUUCUUGAUCUGGGGGUCACUUUACGCCGCACGUAUGGAAAGGUCAGGAAAGACAGAUCCAAUAGACUAUCAGCAGGAAAUCGGGAUUCAGAGAGAACAGAGAGCCGGUCUUCACGUUCCUCUGGUCCACCGUUUGUGCCUUUCUCCUGGUUGAGUGAAAGGAUGAGAGGAUCCGCUUCCCCGAAGAACACACAGUCCCCAACCAAACCUUUCACCCAGGGCUCCAGUACUGAUGAGGACUUUGAUUCUUCUGUGGGUUUACUAGAAGAGGACUGCAGACCCAAUAAGACUGAGUCAUCACAACCCUAUCAAACUCUUCCUGAGCAUUCAGAUGGGAAUGACUGUGAAAACAGUCGAAGCACAGAUUUCAGUUUUAAAAAGAAGAUGCUUUCGGCAGCUGGCAAAGACAGGACAGAACGACUAAAUGGCGUCCAUGGCAAACGGGACAGUGGAAAAAAUGGACACAGUGAAGAUGGACAAAAAUUACUGAACACUUGAUGGCUUUUUUGAAAGACUGAAUACAAUACGCUGCAGGUGCCAUUAAUGUCAAAUGUUAAGUUGGCUGUCACAAUGUAUUAUUAAUGGAUAUAUAAAUAAAGAUAACUUGCAAAGUGUUCAUUAAAAUAUUUUUGUGAAAAUAUUUGUAAUUCGAAACCAUUUCACACAAGUUAUCGCAUUUACAAGUGAAAUGUAGUCGAAUGGAUAUCCCCGCUCCAAAUUCACAUAAAUGCUUUAGCCAAUGUUGCUGUUGGGCUGUUUGGAACAUUACUGAAGCAAAUAGCAAAAUUCCAUUUUUGGGAAAACAACUUCCAAAUGAUUUACUUAUGGCUGUUUCUGCAUGUUGAGCUAGAACAGAAGUAUUUUCACAUCAAUAAAAUUACACACCGUACUUUAUUUCUA